AUGGUCCAUGGCCAGCAUGCUUUCGGUCGUGCCAUUCUUCGGAAAGGUGUGAAUGAUGGUGAGAUAGGUGCUCCCAAAUUUUCGCAUCUAGAAGCUACUUUCCCAUUGCGGCUGUUAACACCGCAAGAAUCCUGCCGCGAUGCGACGAUCAAUGCGGCUGCUUAUCGGAAAGUUCCCUUCAAAGGUGUGGGCGUACUUUUCAUGGUAAGCUAUGGAGGUGGUCUUGUCUGUGGUGAUAACAUAGAGCUGGACGUGGAUGUUGGCUCUGAUACACGUCUUCUGAUCCUAACACAAGGUAGCACCAAAGUGUAUCGUGAACGACGAGGGGGAGAUGCGCCAGCUGUGAUCAAACGCGCAUCAGGACCGGCACCAGCCUCGCAGCAGUAUAUUCGGUACCUGGUCCGCGAAAACUCUACCCUUAUACUGCUACCCGCUCCAGUGACAUGUUAUGCGCGUUCGCGAUACUCUCAGGUCCAACGAAUCGACUUGAGGAGCGCAACGACCUCCUCCCUUGUUCUCUUGGACUGGUUUACUUCUGGUCGGUUGGCCGUGGACGGACCUCGUGAAUCCACAGAUUUCUAUCGCAUCCCAGAACUCUGGCAUUUUUAUUUAUACCAAAGCCGAAAUGAAGUGCGCGUGGAUGGGCAGGUCAUUGCACGCGACAGGCAGCAAUUAGAGCAAGAUUUGCCAGAGGUGCUACAGCGCAGUGACAAGACGGAAUUGGCACGUCGAUGCGAACCAUACACAUGUUUUGCAUUUGUAAUCCUGUACGGGCCUGAAUGCAAAGCUUUGUGUGAGGCGCUACUUCGUGAAUAUGAUACCAUUCAGCAACCCCAACCCUUGCUUCGUUCCGGCGGUACACUCGGUGCCUCGCACGUAGAGCCACCCGAUGUACUAUGGAGUGCAAGUCCCUUGUUUUCAGGUGCUCCGGUCCCUGGUAGCGACCGUCAGACCACGGGGAAAGAACAGGCAGGGUUGAUUUUGCGUAUUGCCGGUAUGAGGACAGAUACGGUGCGUGCUUGGCUCUAUGAGCAUUUAUCGCAUGUGCGCUAUCUGGUCGGUGAUGAUAUGUACCAUGUGGCAUUAGGAUAA